AUGAAUCCGCUUUGGAAAGUGUACAAGAGCAAAGUGCUGAAGACCCUGAACCCAGACAUGGAGGAGGAUCCUGCUGAGGAGGUUAAUGAGGCAGAGGGAGAUAUGACAACUGUGCAACCAGAUGACGGACCAAGCGCUGUCUCUCAAUUGGCCAAGAAAAUGCAGGGAGCUGGGGUGAAGGGGUGGAGGAGUGUGUCCUCGCUCUUCAACAGGGACGACGAGCACCAGCUCCUGGAGUCGGAGAGCCAGCCGGCCGCAGAUCACCCCCUGGCAGUGAAGCCCGAAGAGCCGCCACAACCCAACAAGCGCACCACUGGAUUCUGGGACAACUUUGCCACUAAGUGGCACCAGGCCGCUGCCGUGAAACGAGCGGAGGCAGCGGCUGCCUCAGCAACAGAGGGGGGCGUCGACGGGGGUCAGGAGGUCGGAGGCGAAGGUACGGGGAUGAGCCAGGACGGGGGGACGCAGGAGAGGGUGGAAAGUGAUGAUGUAGGAGAAGGAGAAGGAAGCGGAGGUAGCGGCGGGAACAGCUUUUCCAAGUACACCACGCUGGGCGGGGGUAACGAGGAUUCGCCCGCCUUCAAGUGGAACUUUGUCACCAGCAAACUGGCUGAGCUGAAGAACAAAAGCAUGGCCAAAGGCAACUAG